CGGAACCACGAUCGACGACCGAGUGCUCCGAGCCAGCCGCGACUGCUUUGUGUGCAUCCACGUGCUCGUGUGCAUCCACGGUGUAAAAUGAAUCUGAACCGGCAGAAUAUGAUGGAGCAAUUUCUAGAGACUGUUCGCUUGUUCCCCUUUCUAUACGAUAAAACCCAUCCGGAUUAUAAAGACAAGGACGCGAAAAUGAACCGGUGGGUGAUCAUCGGCAAAACAUUCGAUCUGACUGGACCGCAAGCAGCCGCAAAAUUUAAAAACGUGAAAGAUCGGUGGCUGAAAAUUGUGUCGGCGUUGGAGGGGGCCCGGAAAAGUGGCGCCGGAGGAGAGGCCGCAAAGGUCCCCACGAAGUGGCCACUUUUUGACAUUGUGGAUGGCAUGCUGAGGCACACGCCACAUUAUGCGGAAAGGUCUUCAUCAAAUGUGCCCCCAGAAGAGGACGUCUCCAUUCCGCCAUCUCCUAUGUCAUCGAACAGCCCUUCCAGUCCGAGUGUGGUGGCCAGCUGUAUAUCAAGCCCGGCUGCUAUGCUUUUUCAAGAAAUGUACACUGACAGCCCCAAUGAUUUCAUUGAUGAAGACGAAUUGAGGCUCCCCAGCACAUCAGAAGGUGCGGCAUCUGCUGCUGGCUCUUCAGGGUUGUCACCUUCACAAGCAGGAGCCGCUGCCCCAGAUCCAGGGUCUGCCAAAAGGAGAGCAGCCAAUGGACGUUCCUCUAGGUACUGGCAUGGUUCACAUUUCCUGCAGUAUUUGAAUGAUAAUCAGUGAUUGCAAGAAAACAUUGCGC